UGAACGGCGAGGAUCAUCACCUCGUUGACCAACAUCAAACUCCGUGACUGUAUUAUUCCCACUUGAAUUCUCCUCAUAUUAAUCUUCCAGCAUGUCGGAUAGCCCUGGUCUGCUGGCUUUAAGCCCACUUGACCACAUCCCGGCGAAGCUCUUCCUGCCGUAUAUCCUGUACUUCGACACGACCGACACGCAGACAGCCCUCUCCACCCUCCAGAAAGGAAUUGACAGGUUGAUUUCAGAAUUGCCCUGGCUCGCAGGAGAUGUGGUUCUCUACAGUGUGCCAGACGGCCCUAAGAACCGAAUGCAUAUUGCGCCCCCAUGUGUUCCUCUUUCUGAUGUCCCUAUGCUGAAGAUCAAGCACUUAGACGGCGAUGCAGACUCUCACUCUCACCCGAUCCAGUCCUAUCUGCCUCUUCCCACAUUUAUCCCAGCCUCCCAACAGCGUCCUGUUCUUCGCUUUCAGGCAAAUGUCUUUCAUAGCAGGAUCAUUGUGGCCAUGUCCUUCUGGCACAGCGUCUUUGAUGGUACCGGGGCCGGUGUGAUCCUGGAAGCAGUCGCCGAGUGCUGCAAGUCAACCAACAAAGAAAUUACAACCAGCCUCGUACAUACUAUCGCGAAAACCCAUGAUGACCUCCGGAAGGAAGUCGCAAACUUUCCAUCUAAAUGUGUGAAGCGCCUCGACCACAGCAUUGAGUUGGGAACGCCUGUUUUUGAUCCCAACAUUUCCACUGAGCAAUGGAAUGCAAUGGAAUCUGCCUUGUCCUCUAUUGUCGAGACAAAGCGAUACACCUUCCGACCCGAGAAAGUAGCCAAGGUGAAGGACAUUUGUACUCAACUCAUGCCUCAGUUGCAGUCCUCAGAGUGGAUCUCUAGCAACGAUGUUAUUACCGCAACACUGGCCAUCUGUGUCGACCGAGCCCUUCACCCGGAGCGAGCAGACAGAACCCAAAGCGCCGAUUUUCUGAUGGCCGUUGAUUUGCGAAGCCGAGUUGAUCCUCCGCUACCAGAGACCUACCUGGGAAACGCGAUCUUCCCUGUCCAUGACGAUAUCUAUUCUGAAGAGAUGGCAGGUCAGACAGGGGAUGAUGCAGAUCUCCUACAUCUAGCUCAGUUGGCACUGCGUAUCCGCAUGAAGCUUACAUCCAUGGACAAGACUCUCAUGUAUAGCGCAUCAGCCGCCGUCGCCGACUAUGAAGAUUGGACUAAGGUCGAAGCAGGACCCGCGGGGAUCAUUGUAACCAGCUGGAGAGGCCUCAAGGUCUUUUCGGUAGAUUUUGGCGCUGGACUGGGCCACAUUGUAGACUUCGAGCCCGGGCUUACGCUUGUCCCUGGUGGGUGUAUCUUUCUGCCGUCACGGACGUCCUUGGAGAAAAGUGGGUCGACUCCAAUGUGGGAAGUAUGCAUUACCCUGAAAGCUGGGGAUUCCCAAUUGCUUGAGAAGGAUCCACUGUUAAACCGGAUCUUGGCAUGAAAUUGGCUGUUGAAGUGUGGUGUGGUGUAUGGCCGUCUGGACUGUACUACGUGACAGUGUUGACUGAAGUUCUCUUUGACUCUACUAGCAUUUUUCUGG